GUCGGGCAACCAAUCACCGUACGGACCGAACGCAGCAAUUCGUUCACCGGCCGUGGUGGCCCCUUUUUCCCCUUUCUCCCGUGGCCUUCUCUCUGAAAGCGACCGACCGGUCGAACUUCCACGGUGCCGCGCCGCCCUUCGCCGGCGACGACCAGCCACCCGGUACCUCCACCGCCCUCGUCGUCGUCCUCCUCGUCCUGCUCCUCCCUUCCCUUCCUGUCUCGCGAAGUCGGGCACCCGGAACCCUAGACUGACCUUCUCUUUAGCGGCGGCAAAGGGGAACGGCGGUUGAGGGGGAGGUCGACGUCGGGCUCCGGCCUUCCUCUCUCUCCGUCCGUGGCUUCCUUCAAUCCCUGACCGGAGGUAGGCGCAAGGAUAGAGAACCUUUGAUCCAAAACAUCUGUGGAUCGAUUGAGCAGUCUUUCAGUUGAGCAGAGCUUUAAGAAGUUUGACAAUUGGUAUCUUCUCAAUAAUACAGUAAAUUGCAAGAUGCCAAAAAUAAAGAACCUCUCUAAUGCUUGUAAAGUAUCAUUUUCUCCAAAUGGGCCCAUAUCUGAAGAGGCACUUGAGAGAAUCCGUGCAUUGUUAGAUGGGAUAAGACCUUUAGAUGUCGGUCUAGAUAAUGAAGCACAAAUUGCACGCAGUUGGAAUAGUUCUUCACAUCAACCAAACGCGAGACGAGGACGAAAUGGGGCUAACCAGUUCGCUCCUCCGAUCAAAUAUUUGCACAUCCAUGAAUGCAAAAGUUUCUCUAUGGGUAUAUUUUGUAUGCCACCGUGUUCAGUCAUUCCACUUCACAACCAUCCUGGGAUGACUGUACUGAGCAAGCUUCUUUAUGGAAAAGUGCAUGCCGAAUCUUAUGAUUGGAUUGAUAUAGCUGAUCCAGUUGACCAAUUACAAGUAAGACCAGCAAAGCUUGUCAGAGAUUGUGAAAUGUCUGCACCAGAGACAACCAUUCUUUACCCUAAUAGAGGUGGUAACAUCCACACUUUCAGAGCAAUCACACCAUGUGCUCUCUUUGACAUCCUUUCUCCACCAUAUUCUGCUGAGGAGGGGCGGCACUGUUCAUACUUCCGUAAAUCCCUAGUGAAGGAACCACCUGUUGAUUUGCCCAGUGAAAUUGAUAGCUCAGAAGUAGUCUGGUUGGAGGAGUUGGAGGAUCAUCAGCCCCCUGAGGGAUUUGUUGUCACGAGAGGUCUGUAUAAAGGCCCUGUUAUAAGGAGAUAAUUUGGUUUGGAGCAUGUAGUCCACGAACCGUCAAUUCUACAGAACAGGAAUGAACGUUCAUGGUUUGAUCACCAUUUUAAUUCUGUGCCCACCGCUGGAGCUUUUCUGACGUAGUUGUGCGUCUCUAUCAGAUGAAGACCAUGGAGUACAUACUUCCGAGCAUAGUUUAUCAUAGCACUUGUCAUGUUGUAGUUGGUACAUCAAAUGGAACAAGGUUUCCACCUGAUGGUGAUUUCAGAAAGAAUUUGGUGUGGGGGUAUCAUUUUGUCA